AUGAAAUUGUCAAAAAGCCUGAUAACAGUAUUCUGGUUUAUUAGCAUUGCAUACACUGCUUCACCGUAUAUUUUUCGAAAAGCUUGGGUCAGAAACUAUGUCAAGUUUCAGUAUACAUUUGGUAACAGUACUGGACGCUCUACUGGUGAUAUAAAGCCAAUCGCUUAUGAUCAUAUUUACCCCGCAGGUUGUGUACCAUCAAAUACAAAUGACGGAGAAAUGAUCAAAAUUGGUGCAACUUACAACGAAACAGAUUUCCAGUACGUCUGUGCCGAAAGUGAAGACGGUAUUGUUAGCUACGAGGCUACCGAUACAGCUGUAAAAAAACUAUAUUCGAUGCGAUUACAAUAUGGUUAUAUAUGCAUCCAAUUUAAAGCUUGCAUUGAUCCUGAUGGUGAAAUAAUGAAAAUUGGUGAAGCAAUAACGAUGAGGGAUGGAACUCUUCUGCUUGCUUGUCAACUCCAUGGUGGGGUCAUCAAGAAAACCGUUCAGCAGUUUGCUUUCGGAAUAAGUGGAUGUUUGCAUAACGAUACAUUGUAUGGAGAAUCGGAAACUUGGGUAGAGCCGUUAAAGGUAAUAAUGAAGAAACAGAAUUCGUUAAUGACAGCCGUAUUGAUGCAGUGCUUUAGGCCACACUAUUCAUAUUUUGAAGCUCAAAUUGCCGGAUGCGUUGCUGGAGAUACCGAAAUUCCUUUACAUUCAUAUGAAUAUAUUGAUGGUCAGUAUGUUCACUGUGUUGAAUUGGAUAGCGGAGAAUUGGAUUUGGUGAAAAUAAAAGAAUCUGAUCUGUCUUGUGCACUGGAUGACAAAAAAUAUGAGCAUAAUGAAACUUGGUUUGAUGAGGGAAGAGCUGCUGUAUUAACCUGUUUGUACCGAGAAAUUAUUAAACUUGGUCAUUUUUAA